AUGCUGGGAUCAGUGGAUGUCACCCUGGGCUUCCUGUUUGAGCACACUGGGAUCAGUAGGCUUUUUGGCGCCUGUCCUGUGGCCCACCCGGCCUUCUCCGCUCUGCCAGCUUGCCCACUGGGGUGCCGGAGAUACGGAACAAUACCUUCAAUUAAGUUGCAGAGCUCCAAUGGAGAGAUAUUUGAAGUUGAUGUUGAAAUUGCAAAACAGUCUGCAACUAUCAAGACCAUGUUGGAAUAUCUGGGAAUGGAUGAUGAAGGGGAUGAUGAUCCAGUUCUUCUACCAAAUGUUAAUGCAGCAAUUUUAAAAAAGGUAAUUCAGUGGUGCACCCACCACAAGGAUGAUCCUCCUCCUCCUGAAGAUGAUGAGAAAAAAGAGAAGCAAACAGAUGAUAUUCCUGUUUGGGACCAAGAAUUCCUCAAAGUUGACCAAGGAACCCCUUUUGAACUUAUUCUGGCUGCAAACUACUUAGACAUUAAAGGUUUGCUUGAUGUUACAUGCAAGACUAUUGCAAAUAUGAUCAAGGGGAAAACUCCAGAAGAGAUUCGCAAAACAUUCAAUAUCAAGAAUGACUUCACUGAAGAGGAAGAAGCCCAGGUACACAAAGAGAAUCAGUGGUGUGAAGAAAAGUGAAGCUUUGUGCCUGUUGACACUGUAACACUGUAAGGAACGUUCCAAAUAACUAGUUGCACUGCUCUGUUUAUAAUUGUUAAUAUUAGACAAAUGCAGCAGC